AGAGAACAAUUAUAACAAAGCUUCUGCAGACUGAUGAGACAUGCCACAAUGCUUGGCCUUGCAAUGAGGAUGUUAUAUCCCCACCAACCUGACAUGAAUGUCGAAUACAUGAAGAAACAAUAGCAAUGUUACAAAAUGGCUGAUAACGAAAAACCACAGAAAGUUGCCGACUAUUUUGUCGUAGCCGGGCUCGGCAGAAAUACUAAACAGAUUUUGGAAGCAGAGGGUACGAGAGUUGACCCAAUAACUGAUAUCACAGUUAUUUUUAAAAAUAAAGGUGAAACUCCCCCGGAAGGAUUCACCUGUGUUGAGAAGACGCCAAGUGGGUUUUCAGCAGAUCUUAAUUCAGGAUCGCUCAGAAGUGAAUCAUGUUUCUUGUGUUAUCGUCGAGGAAGAGACAAACCUCCUAUUGUGGAUAUUGGGUAGGUAUAUUACAAGAUUUUAAGACUAGUUAUGCCCAGAUUCUUAGCUAGAGGGCUGUGUUGGACGUGUUAUCGCGGCCAAAAGUGGAAAAACACGGCUAGAUAAAAUGAACAUAUACAUACAUACAUACAUACAAACUUUAUUUAAACCACGCUAGCCUCAACAGCCGUUGGAAGGCUGGUUUCCACGAGGGGCGUGAAAUUACCUAUAUUUACAAGAAAUUAACUAUAUAUAUAAUUAACGCGACUUCACUAUUUAUAUAAGGCCGUGUAGGUUCAUAAAAUAAGGUGGUGCUACUUACAACAGACAGAAUUUCUUCCUAUUUACGUCGUAAGAAAGUUUGUAAAAUCUACUGUUGUUGUUGAAUUGGCAAAAGUGAUUCGUGAUGUUUUAAUAUUUUGAUGGAUAAUGGGAACUGUAUGGUGUUAAAAUGGUUUUAAAUACCCCUAAGAGUUCCUGAACUAACUUAAUAUUUUAAUGUCAGUGCGCAAUAUGAGCGUAUGCUCGCCUUGUAUUUGGUUGUAAAGCAUAUAUAGAACAACUAUUGUUGGCGAGCAUAACUAGAACCGUGAUUUUGCUAUUCAAGGUAAUUGACAUGUGCACGCCCUGGUCAUUAGAAACACGCCCAAGAUCUAAAAUCCUAGUUAAGACCCUGGUUAUGCCAGCAGUAUACUAGAGUUUCUCCAACAGGCGUCAAAACGCACAAGUUGUAUGGGUGCACUGGAACCAAUUUUUCAAGUUCUGGCCGAAGUUCCAUGGCUUUCUCCCACAAAGUGCCAUUUUGGAUAUUUCCAAGGGGGGUGACCACUUCUGUUUAGGGUACUUGUUGAGUGACAAAUCAUGACGAAUAGCGCUUACGCAAAAAAACAAUGGAGAUGGCCUUCUGACAGUUCUGUGUAGUAUUCUGUGCCAUGGCGCAGCAUUUUGAUGACAAAUUGUGGCGUGGCAGCGGUUACAGUUUUUUUUACAGUCGACCUUCUGUGUGUCUUUAUUCUGUGGUAAAGCCCUGUGUCUUGCUACCCCCACUGUAUGUAAAUUUGGCUCUUCAUAAUAAUACAGUUCUUCAAAUACCUAAAAUUCAAGCCAAUUCAAUAGACAAUUCUCAUCAUAGACUAAUUUUAAAACUAGGCAAGGAGAUGCAAAUAAAUCACCACAGCUCGAAAGAGCACACUAAAAUGGGUAAAAUUGCAAAGUCUGGUUGUGGAAUGUUAUAAAAUGCGGAAAAUAUAGCCUUGGAAAAUUUGCAAAUUUUGUAUACUUUUGUGUUGCGUGCGGAAAUUGCUACCAUUUUCGGCCCAAAUGUGGUAGCAAUUUCCGCACGCAAUACAAAAGUAUACAAAAUUUGCGAACUUUGCAAGGCUAUAUUUUCCACAUUUUACAACAUUUCCCAACCAAACUUUGCAAUUUUACUAAUUUUAGUAUGCCCUUUCCGGGAAUAUAUAUUUUUUGCCAAGAUUAAAAAUUAGUAUAUAUAUAUAUAUAAUGGGAAUUGUCUAUUGUCAGGAAAAUAUAUAUGUCCUUUCCAAAUUGAGCGAUUUCAAGUAUUUGUUAGCCAUCAGAGAUGUCAGUUGCUGUUUGCUGUUUCAUCAAUUCCGAGCUAUUCUGUCCUUGGGUAAUUUUCUUUCUCUUAUUUGAUCCUAAAACAAUUUCUUUUAGUGUUCUCUAUGAGGGAAAGGAGCGACUUAUCGAAGGUUGUGAUAUAUUAGACACCACUCCACAAGGACACAGUGCAAACAUCAGUGACAGUGCUAGCAAUGGAAUAUUUAUUACAUAUCGAAGAUCCUCAUCGAAGGUGACUCACACGUCUUUGGCAGUGACCCACAUUAAUGUCAUCAUAACUAGUAAGGUAAGUGCACUAGAUAAGGGAAGGGCUGGAAACAGACUCGUCUGUUAUGAAGAUUUUUCGGGAGGUUCAUUGGAUGAUUCCACUAUUCCAGCUAUAGACUAAGUUUUGAUCUAGGCAAGAAGAACAAAUUCCAUCACCACAGCUAGAAAGAGCAUGUUAAAAUUAGUAAAAUUGCAAAGUUUGGUUGGGAAAUGUUGUAAAAUGAGGAAAAUAUAUAGCCCUACAAAAUUUGCAAAUGUUGUUUUAAUUUGUAUUACGCACGGGAAAAUGCACUAUAUUUUCCGCAUUUUACAACAAAUCUGGCAUACCAUCUAAAAUCUCUUAAUUUUAGCAUUAAUUUACCAAUAAAGCACUAAAUAUACUUUUCAAGAAUUAAGUUUGUUUGCCUCUCGAGGUAUCGGGUAGAUUGUUGCAUGAAUAAUCGGUGAUCGAUAAUUUUCGAUUGUGGCACAAUCGGUCAAUCACUGCCUGUCAGCAGCUCAGAACUAGCUUCUAAAAUAUGUCAUUGCAAAUUAUUUCAGGGUGAGAAAACUCCUCAUGCAUUUUGCUUAAUACAAAGAAAUCUUAACAAAGGAAUGGUAGGUAUUAUUUUUGUGCCAGUUUACUGUUGGAAAUUGUCUGUUGUUAAAUGUUAAUUUUGAAUGGUGAUAUACACGUGCAGAAAUCUCGCAUCUUGUAGCAAGUCUGCCAACAAGUCGUCAAUAAGUUGUGUUCGCACUGCUUGUCCCAAGUUGUCAACAGGCUGUUAUUAACUUGUAACAACCUUGUUAAUUGAUAGCAUCAGACUUUUUGCAAGGUUGUUCCAACAAGUCCGAUACAGUUACGAUAUAACACUAACAAUAUUGUUACAACCUCGUGUCGUCAACCUUGUAACAUUCUUGUCAUAUCAUGACUGUAUCAGACUUGUUAGAACAACCUUGUAACAAGUCUGAUAAUGCCAUCAAGCUUGUUACAAGUUGUUCAAAGCUUGUUCCAAACUUGUUACAACAACCAAAAACACAACGUGUCGACAGCUUGUGAGCAGAUUUGUGACAACUUGUUUGCAGACCUGUAGGAACUUGUGCGUUUUUACUUUGAAAGUUUUGUUUGUAAUUUGAAAGUUUUAAAAGAAAUGAACAAUUUCUAGGUGAGUUCUGAUGUGUACCUGUGCUACAGAAAAUCUCCAGCAAGACCUCAUUGUAUCACUUAUGAAGCAGGUGCGGUGAUUUUUAUGUUAACUCCUCAUUUAAUAAACUAAGUACAAGCGUACAAAAGACAAAAAUAAAAAGACAAAUAGUUUGGCCAAGUCUUUCUUGCAUUAAACAGUACAAAAAAUUUUAACCCAUAAAAAUGCACCCAUAAUGACUCAAAAUUUUGAGAAAAACAAAUUUGCUCAUUUUUUUAGAAAAGUAAAUAUUUACUCACAGUUCACUUAGCCUGCGAACAGGCUCUAAAGCUGAAUUGAGAGCCUGCAUCGAUGAGUAAUGAAUUUGAAUAUCUGCCCCGUAACGUCCGUUUUUCCAAAUAUGGAAUGUCUAUCCUUAUAUGGUGUGUUUACAACUUUCGUGCAAACUAAAUUUAGACUGUGCAAACUAAAUUUAUACCGUACAGUUUAUACUGUUUUUCGAAAUAUAAGAUAUUCAAGCAAAAGUUCAAAUGUUUUAAAUAUUGUUUUUUCAAAACAGAACAUUUCGUGCUUUGAGAUAAGAUGGCCAAGACCAAUUUGAUCAGUUAAUGUGUUUUUAUGCAUAGUGCUUAAGCAGUUGACAUAUAUAGAGCUCAGCGGAAACAUAUGAAUUAUAGCAUCUGACCAAUGAGAAUUUCGCGUCACGAUUUGAGACGCAGAUAUUCAAAUUCAUUAGUCAUCGAUGCAGGCUCUCAAUUCAGCUUGAGAGCCUGUUCGCAGGCUACAGUUCACUAGAAGCCAGCAGCCGGCAAUUUUCACUGUCUAUAAGUGUAACGUAGACAAAUGGCGGUUAUUUCUCAAAAUUAUAAACCAAAAGAUUUUCUUACCAUGUUUAUUAUUAGCAUGAAAAAAUUACUGGAUGAUUGGUUGAGAGGAGUACAAUUAUUCAUUAAUUGUAGUGCAGUACAAUUAAUGAUUUUCCCAAAACAAACAAAAUGGCGGAAAGGUAUUUUAAACACAAAUGUGAAAUGAAAUUGUCCUUGAGGAACUAGAUGAAAAUACGAACAAAAGCACCAAAUUUUGGUUGAAAGUCUGUCAGGACUGGACUUUGGCGAGAGAAUAAGAUCUUAACGGAGAAGUAUCCAACUCGUCCCGGCGGCUCGUCCAAUUUUGGCAAAAUUUCCAAACAUCACUCGUACAUCACUUGCACUCGCCAUCGCAUGAUUACCUAUACUAAGGGAAGGGUUUUAUAACAUACUGUACAUUUUAGACUAUAUUCUUCGUUAAAUAUUUGGAUAAUAAGACAAAACAAGUCUGCAAAACUACUCUGCACAAUGCCUGGAAAUGUCAUUUCAGAGUGCCUGAAUUUCAGAAUUUCUGUCCCCCACCAAUACCUUCAGCACCACAUAGGCGCAUACGUUUUCCAAAAAGCCUCCUACUCUAAAUUCUAUUGGAAACCCUGCAUUUUCUCAAAAAAUUGAGUAAAUUUGAUACUUUACUCAAAUUGGCGCAUUUUGAGUCCCGGUGGGUGCAUUCGUUUGCUGAGGUUUUUGAGUCGAAAUCAUAUGAGUCACGAUUUAGGAACUGUUACUAUUUUUAGACUUUUAGGGUUAGGAUUAGGGUUUGGAUUAGGGAAAGGUUAGGAUUAAGAUUAGGAUUAAGAUUAGGGUUAGCAUUAAGAUUAGGGUUAAGAUUAGGAUUAGGAUUAAGAUUAGGGUUAGGGUUAAGAUUGGGGUUAGGAUUAGAGUUAGGAUUAAGAUUAGCGUUAGGAUUAAGAUUAGAAUUUAAAAAGAUUAGAAUUUAAAAUUUUAAAAUUUUUUUAGAUUAGAAUUUGGGUUACGAUUAUUUUUUUUUAGAUAAAACACAAAAGAAUACAAAAUUACAAAAAUAAAUCUAAAAAAGUAACUCUUCCUAAAACGUGUAUAGGUAUAGUCGAAAUAUACUCUGCAUAUUUUGAGAUAUUGCAUGUUUAUGGUUACGAAGAGACAUUCCCCUGGUAUUAAAGGCACAGUUCAGCCUUUUGAACGAUGGUUUUUAAGGCGCAUUUGAGCCCUUUUACAGUGCGUCUACUGUAAGUGGGGCCACUUAGAGAACACUAACCAAUCGCAUUGCAGAACAAAAAGAAAAAUCUAAUCAAACUAAAGCUCGUCCAAUCAAAAGAAAGAUUCAGGAAGCCAUUAACUGCAGUAUUUACUUUUACAAGUCUAUUUUUACCGUUUGACAUUCGUUUAUUUGUUCGAAUUGUUUUUGCCCUAAUGCUGAUUGGCUAAUGCGCCGUUUGUUGAUUUUUUCACUUUCUGUUCUGCAAUGUGAUUGGUUAGUGUUCUCUAAGUGGCCCCACUUACAGUAGACGCACUGUAAUUGAAAAAACUUACUAGGAAAAUUAAUUAAGCAUUAUUCAAAAUCAGUAAAAUCGAUGUUUUUAACAAUAUAAAUGUUUUAAAAUAUUAAAAACAUUAAGUUUGGUGAUCUUGAAUUAUGCUUAAUUGAUUUUCCUAGUUAGUUUUUUCAAUUAAAAGGGCUCAAAUGCGCCUUAAAAACCAUCGUUCAACAGGCUGAACUUGCCUUUAAAAUGUUUUUUCCUUUGACGCAAAAACUGCGCAAAUCUGACCAUUUUAAGACAGUGUAAAAAAUCAAACCGAGAAAUUGAAGGGCGCAAGGCCAGCUUGGGCAAGACCAGUAACGUAAUGCACAUUGUUUAGGGUCAGUUAAAAAAAUAAGCUCCCAUCAGCCACGGCCUAUCGCCCAGAAAAUUAGAAAACGUAACAAAUGCAGGUUAAGGAUCAAUGGGAAAAUGAAAAAUUAAUAAUGCUAAAUAAUAAAACCUCCAUCGACAACGGUAGCUGAUUUUUUUAUUUCAUCUCGAAUAAAACAAAAGUUAUUCUUAUUAAAUGUUACAUGUGUUGGAGACUGUUAUUGUUAUAGACACGAAAUUUUCCAGAACAUUCUAUAAAUAUUCAACAUAAAUAUAAUAUCUCAGUCAAACAAUGACAACGAUCAACAGGGCCCCCCACACCAAAUAUGCCUAAGGGCCCCCUCUUCCCCCGUUACUCCCCUGGGCAAGCUUGACCUUUCGCAAGUUUGCUAGAUGUUGAAACAAAACUACAAAAUGCUUGUGAUGUUACUCUGAGUGUAUAUCCACACCGGGCAGGCUUGAAAAAUAUGCCUGGCCACGGUGGGAAUCGAACCUACGACCUUUGGAAUACUAGCCCAAUCCUCUGCCAACUGAGCUACGCGGUCAGGUCGGUUCGACCUGAUUACUAUAGAUUACAUUGAUAUCGAAGGAACUAGAUUACAUUGAUAUCGAAGGAACUAGACUCAGUUCCGAAAUAUCAAACACUCGAACCGACUUAACCGCGUAGCUCAGUUGGCAGAGCAUUGGGCUAGAAUUCCAAAGGUGGUAGGUUCGAUUCCCACCGUGGCCAGGCAUAUUUUUCAAGCCUGCCCGGUGUGGAUAUACACUCAGAGUAACAUCACAAGCAUCUUAUUCACCUGAGUACAUUACACCAACACAGCAAAUAUCAAAACUACAAAAUAUUAUAGAAAUUCUCAGUCGUUAUCCACAACAAGACGUGGCUGGAUUUCCACUGCCAGAGCAAGUUCCUAGAUUCUGUCUACCAAUGGGCGCCAUUGUGGAGUGUUGGCCACGCAAGUCUCCCCAUCCGCUGCCAAUAUUCUCAAGUUUCAUCCUCACUGGUGCAGAAGGACAGAAGGUAGGGACUACAAACUCUCUAUACACACUGGAACGCGAACUUCGAUAGCUUUUUUCUUCAAAACUUUGCAUGGCGUCAUGCACUGUAGUCGUAUCUGUAAUUUUAAUAACCCUUCUCUUAUGCUUAAAGUUCCGUUAUGGUAAAAUUAGUAUUUUGAAAGAUUAUCCAGUCUGAUCUAUUUAUAUUAAAAUUUUACAAGACGACGUAACUGUAGCUAAGUAAUUAGUGAGCAUGCAAUAUAUCAAAGUAUUCAAGGA